AUGGAGAAUGAAAAGGAAAAUCUCUUUUUUGAGCCACAUAAAAGGGGACUGAUGAAAACACCUCUGAAAGAAUCCACUAUGACAAACAGAGUGUUGGUGGAGAUCCAGCCUGACUUUGGCCCUUUAACCACGCCCACCAAGCCCAAGGAAGUCCCCCAGGGAGAGCCGUGGACACCAACAGCCAAUCUGAAAAUGCUCAUCAGUGCUGUGAGCCCCGAGAUCCGCAACAGAGAUCAGAAAAGGGGGUUGUCUGACAACAGAAGCGUGUUACCUGAAGCCAAAGACUAUUUACACGAACACUUAUCUGGAGAUGAAUAUGAGAAAUCCCAACCAAGUCGAAAAGAGAAAAGUUUAGGAUUGUUGUGCCAUAAGUUCUUAGCACGAUAUCCUAAAUAUCCCAACCCUGCUGUGAAUAAUGACAUCUGUCUUGACGAAGUAGCAGAGGAACUUAACGUUGAGCGUCGACGCAUUUACGAUAUUGUGAAUGUUCUAGAGAGUUUACACAUGGUGAGCCGCCUGGCCAAAAACAGGUACACUUGGCACGGGAGACAUAAUCUUAACAAAACCCUUGGGACUCUGAAGAGCGUCGGGGAGGAGAAUAAGUAUGCCGAGCAGAUUAUGAUGAUCAAAAAGAAAGAAUAUGAACAAGAGUUUGACUUCAUCAAGAGUUACAGUAUAGAGGAUCAUAUCAUCAGAUCAAACACUAGCCAAAAUGGACACCCAGAUGUGUGUUUUGCCGAGCUCUCUGGAGUGGAAUUUCGGGCAGCUUCUGUAAACAGCCGCAAAGACAAGUCUUUAAGAGUGAUGAGCCAGAAAUUUGUGAUGCUGUUUUUGGUGUCAACGCCUCAGAUAGUAAGCUUAGAAAUUGCUGCCAAGAUUUUAAUUGGGGAGGACCAUGUGGAAGAUUUGGAUAAAAGCAAGUUUAAAACAAAAAUUAGAAGGUUGUAUGAUAUAGCUAAUGUUCUGAGUAGCCUAGAUCUUAUCAAGAAAGUUCAUGUUACAGAAGAAAGAGGCCGAAAACCAGCUUUUAAAUGGACAGGCCCAGAAAUCAGUCCAAAUACCAGUGGACCCAGCCCAGUCAUUCCUUCCACCCCCUCUGAUUUGGAAGCCAGGCAGUCUUCAAAAGAGAACUGUGCCAAAAACCUCUUUUCCACAAGUGGGAAACCAAAUUUCACUCGACACCCAUCUCUUAUCAAACUGGUAAAGAGCAUAGAAAGUGAUCGGAGAAAGAUAAAUUCUGCUCCCAGUAGCCCUAUCAAGAUCAACAAAGCUGAGAAUUCUCAGAAUUCUGCAAACUUCCCAAGUAAAAUGGCUCAGCUCGCGGCUAUUUGCAAAAUGCAGUUAGAAGAGCAAUCAAGUGAACCCAGAAAGAAAGUGAAAGUACAGCUGGGAAGAUCUGGGCACUGCAAACCAGUGGCCCCUCUGGACACCCCAGUGAAUGCUGAUCUGGAGCUGACGGCACCAUCCCUCAUCCAGCCUCUGGGAGUGGUCCCUCUAAUCCCCAGCCCAUUGUCAUCAGCAGUGCCUGUGAUCCUACCUCAAGCCCCUUCGGGCCCAUCCUAUGCCAUCUACCUGCAGCCUGCCCAAGCCAUGACACCACCCCAAGGCCUGAGCCCAACGGUCUGUGCUGCCCACUCUCCUAAAGUUAUUGGAUCAAAAGACUCCACAGACGCCGCAAUUGAAAAGGCAACUAAUGAUGCCGCAAAGUCCAGUGCCUCCACCAGGCCUGGGAGCUUGCUGCCAGCACCAGAGAGACAAGAUGCAAAGAACCGAAACAGGGAGCCGGCUAGAGAAAGAGGCUCAAAGAGGGCAAGCAUGCUUGAGGACACUGGUUCCAGAAAGAAAUUUAAAGAAGACCUAAAGGGGCUUGAAAAUGUCGCUGCAACCUUGUUCCCUUCAGGAUACCUAAUUCCUCUCACCCAGUGCUCGUCCCUGGGGGCAGAGUCCAUUUUGUCUAGUAAAGAAAACUCAGGUACACUUUCCCCAAACCACAGGAUCUACAGCUCCCCAAUCGCAGGUGUAAUACCAGUGACAUCAUCUGAACUCACUGCUGUUAAUUUCCCCUCUUUUCAUGUAACACCUUUGAAGCUAAUGGUCUCACCAACUUCUGUGGCAGCCAUACCUGUAGGAAACAGCCCAGCUCUCGCUUCAAGCCACCCAGUUCCCAUCCAGAAUCCAAGCUCAGCCAUUGUAAACUUCACCCUGCAGCACUUGGGACUCAUCUCCCCCAGUGUGCAGGUGUCUGCCAGCCCCGGGCCCGGAACCGUGCCGGUGUCUCCAAGAAUCGAGGCUGUUAGUGUCAUACCAGAAAAUGCAGGCGCUCAGCAAGGAAGGACCACUCACUAUGAUUCACCAGUUCCAGGCCAGAACCCACCAAAUGGACAAUCACUUGCUUUGAUGGGGACACAACAGCCUGUUCCUUUGACACCCAAAGGGUCACAGUUAGUAGCCGAAAGUUUCUUCCGUACCCCAGGUGGACCAGCCAAGCCAACUGGCUCAUCCUGCAUGGAUUUUGAUGGUGGUAGUAAAACCUCCUUAGGAACUCUCUUUGUGCCACAACGAAAACUGGAAGUCUCAACGGAGGAUGUUCACUAAUUGACAGAUG